UUCAGGCCACGCCCCUGCUGCGCUCUUAGUGAAAUGCUGAGUCAGUGUCGAAUCUCGUUCUUUCCAUCCGGCGCUCCUGCGGGUGAGGCCACGAGCAUUUGGGUCAUUGCUCUCAGACUUGCGUGGAAGCACGAGGACAGUAGGACACCUGGGAAACCAGUGUUGUAGGAUCCGAGGCGCGUGUGAGUUGAACCAAACUACAAUGGAAGACUUCAUCAGGAUUCCUUUUGGAGCAGCUGCUUCAGCAUUCAUCAGGCUGACCAUGUGGGCCCCACCGAGACUCCUGGAGCUGGCAGGACAGAGCCUGCUGAGGAAUGAGGCCUUGGCCAUCGCCGCUCUGGAGGAGCUGCCCAUGGAGCUCUUCCCACCCUUGUUCUCUGCGGCCUUCGCUGGGAAACACAGCAAGACCCUGAAGGCCAUGGUGCAGGCCUGGCCCUUCGCCUGCCUGCCUCUGGGGGCUCUGCUGAAGGAUCGGCAGGUUCCUCCACAGGUCUUCCAAGCUGUGCUUGACGGGCUUGAUGUUCUUCUUGCCCAGGAGGUUCGCCCCAGGAGGUGGAAACUACAAAUGCUAGAUUUACGGAAGACCGCUCCUCAGGACUUCUGGACCGUAUGGUCUGGAACCAGGACCAGUGUGCGCUCACUGAUGGAGCCAGAGGCAGCCCAGCCCAUGAGGAAGAAGCGCAAAGUGGACGAUGCGAAAAUGGAGGCGAAGCAGUCUUUGGCUCCUGUGGAGGUGUUGAUAGAUCUGUGCCUCAAGGAAGGUGGUGCCCAUGAUAAGUUGCUCACCUACCUCAUGGAGAAAAUCAAGCAGAAGAAUGGUUUACUCCGCCUGUGCUGUAAGAAGCUGAAGAUAUUUGCAAUGCCUAUGCAGAAUAUUAAGCUAAUCCUGAGUAUGGUGCAGCUGGACUCAAUCCACGAUUUGGAAGUGAAUUGUACCUGGAAGCUGUCCACCCUGGCGAAGUUUUCUCCGCUCCUGGGCCAGAUGGGCAAUCUGCGUAGACUCCUCCUCUCCCACAUCCACGUGUCUACCUACACUUCCCUGGAGAAGGUGGAGCAGUAUGUCAGCUUAUUCACCUCUCAGUUCCGCAGCCUGUGCCAGCUCCAGGAGCUCUAUCUGGACUCGAUUGCCUUCCUUAGUGGCCGCCUGGACCAGGUACUCAGGUACCUGAAGGGCCCUCUAGAGACACUUUCAAUAACUAACUGCCCACUUUCAGAAUCAGACCUGACGUAUCUGUCCCAGAGCCCCAGCAUCACUCAGCUGAAGGACCUGAGUCUGUGUGGGGUCAGCCUCACCAACAUAAGUGCUGAACCCCUGCAAGUUCUGCUAGAGAGAGUCUCCGCCACCAUCCAGGACCUGGACCUGGAUGAGUGUGGGAUCAUGGACUCCCAAUUCAGUACCUUCCUGCCUAUCCUGAGCCGCUGCUCCCAGCUCAUGACCUUCACCUUCUGCGGGAACCCCAUGUCCAUGGCUGUCCUGGAGAGCCUCCUGCGCCACACCGUCGGGCUGAGCAAGCUAAGCCAUGUGCUGUAUCCUGCCCCACUGGAGAGUUACGAGGAUGUCCGAGGUACCCUCCACCUGGGGAGGCUCGCCUACGUGCAUGCCAGGCUGAAGCAGAUGCUGCAUGAGUUGGGGCGGCCCGGCAUGGUCUGGUUCAGUGCCAACCCCUGUCCUCACUGUGGCGACAGAACCUUCUAUGACCCAGAGCCAAUCCUCUGCCCCUGUUACAUGCAUGCCUAGCUGAGUUCGCACUUAUAAAAAGCUUUAUUCUGGGCACUUUUACACUGAAGCCCAGAAUCUAAGUGCAACUUAAAGGAGCACAGAAGCCACGGUUGUAGACAGGUGCUCCGUGUGAGCAGUAAAUGGGGAAGUGAUCAGGGUGGGAGAAAGAUGUUAACUGGGGAGUUUGUUGGGAUCUUUGGGGAGCUGCAGUCUAUAGAGUUACAAAUACAAAUCUGAAUUUCUAUAGGGAAGUUUGGGCUUGGGAAGUAAAUGCGGGAGUUACCUUUGUUCAGUUGUUUGUAAAGAAAUGGUUGGAAAUAA